AUGAACCGACUUCGACUACAACCUCAUCGACGACAUCCACAUCAACUUCCACGUCCAGCUCUACCUCAACGUCAUCCACGUCAACCUCAACCUCGACUUCCACCUCAACAACGUCCACAUCAACCUCCACGUCCAGCUCUACCUCAACAACAUCCACGUCAACCUCAACCUCGACAUCCACUUCAACAACGUCCACGUCGACUUCCACGUCCAGCUCUACCUCAACGUCAUCCACGUCGACCUCAACCUCGACAUCCACUUCAACAACAUCCACAUCAACUUCCACGUCCAGCUCUACCUCAACAUCAACCACGUCAACUUCAACCUCAACCUCUACUUCUUCUUCGACAACUUCGACAACAACAUCGCCGUCAUGUUCAAUUCCAUCUACAACAGGACAGAUUUUCAGUUUUAAUUCUGGUUCCGCUGGACUACAAAGUUACACGCGAAAGAGAUGGUCAACACAAAUAUUGGUUACUAGAUGACAUAUCAGUGACCUAUGUGAGUACGGGCACUAAUGUAUUAGCGAAUGGUGGUUUUGAAACGGGGAAUCUAUCCAAUUGGACACAGUUCUGUGCGACAAAUACUAAUUGUCAAGGAUCGAACGAUCGAUAUGGCCAAAUUACAGGAUCGAGCUGCCGUACAGGAUCAUUUUGUUACGUUGACAAAUGCGAGAAUUACGAUUAUCUGGUUCAAUCAUUUCCCACUGUCAGUGGAGGACAGUAUAUUAUAAAUUUCUAUUUGAAACUUAACAAUAACGGUGGUACAGAUCGAUAUGUCUACGUAUUGUUGAACACUUGA